GGGCACGCGGAUAAAGAGGGAACAUCUCAAAGCUGAUUGCUUUAGGGACUCUUUUUCUUUUUGGAGGGAGGGAAAACAAAAAGUGGAAUCUCACUGCCAUGACGGGGAAGGAGGGAGUUGUGCUCUCAGACACAGAGAAUAAACAAAAAUCCGCCUCACAAACCAGCGUGAACCACGGGGGACCCCAGCAGCCGCCUCCAGUCUGGAAGAUGGCCCCCACGGUGCACCGGCGCACCGGCUUCGGGAUCCAGGAGCUGCUCGGCCUCAACAAAGAGCCGCCGGCGGCGCCGAGGCGGCCGCUGGAGGCUCUGCCGCACAGCGCGCACGUCCUGGCCGCCAGGUCGGCCCUCGGACACGGGGGCCUCGGUAUGGGUUUGUUGGGACCGGAGGGAAUACACUCGUUUUACAGUCAGCCGGCGUUUCUGGAGGUACUAGCAGAGGCGCAAAAUGUGCACCUGCAGCCGCUGCACCGCGCAACGCACAUGGACACACAGAUGGAUGCGCAACACUCCGCGAGCUCCGAUUCCGAUGACAUGAGUCUAUCAUCCGGCGAUCAGAAGUUCUCUAAAUCAUCAAUGAGUCAAAGCAAGAAACGAAAGAAAAGACGACACAGAACCAUUUUCACUUCCUAUCAGCUGGAGGAGCUGGAGAAAGCUUUUAACGAAGCUCACUAUCCGGACGUGUAUGCCCGAGAGAUGCUCUCCAUGAAGACGGAGCUCCCAGAGGACAGAAUACAGGUUUGGUUUCAGAACCGCAGGGCCAAGUGGAGGAAGAGGGAGAAGUGCUGGGGUCGCAGCAGCGUGAUGGCAGAGUACGGCUUGUAUGGAGCCAUGGUCCGUCACUCUAUCCCACUGCCUGAGUCCAUCCUCAAGUCAGCAAAGGAGGGCGUCACAGACUCUUAUGCUCCAUGGUUACUAGAGUGA